CAUGAGUGACAGCAGUGAUGAUAAACUUCAAAGUGAUGAAAGUGAUGAAAAUACAAGUGAUAAAAAAGAAGCAUAUGAUCCAACAUUAGAUGUGUGUAGUGAUAAAUUUGAUCCAGUAAAAGCAUUAUCAUUUACUGGUAGAAUUAAUUUACCAUAUUCGAAAGUACCACGUUUUAAUACAUUGAAACGGUUAGGUAGUGAACAUGAACUGUUAAAUGUUGAUAUUAUAGAAAGAGAACAACAGAGAAAAAAAGAAAUGACUGCAAUAAUCAGUGGUGUCGGUGGUACAGCAAGUAGCAGUCAAGCUGGUAGAGAUGGAGGUGAGCCUUCAAAUAUUCACGAGGCCAAUAAAAGAAGGUUUUUACCACAUCAAGAACCCAUCAAAGGAUUCAAAAAAACAGUGAAUUAUCGUAACAUUCUAACACGAAUGGUAGAUGUUGAAGGUCCUUUAAAGUUAUUAAAAAAUUGUUUAGAAGAGCGGAAAAAAGUAAAGAUUAUUACACGUCAUGGCUAUGGUAUUCGAGGUUAUUGUACAGCAUACGUUGAAGCAUUUGAUAAGCACUUUAAUAUGGCGUUAGCAGAUGUAACAGAAGUAUGGACUCGAAAAAAAUCUAGAAAAAAUCCAGCAUUAGGUAAUAUCGAAAAUCAACAAUCAAUGCCUCGUAAGGUAAUUACACCAAAAGUUAAAAUAAUAAAAUCAGAUAAGAAAACAGAAACAUGUCAACGAAAUAUUCCCAAGUUAAUGAUGCGUGGUGAACAUGUGGUUCUGAUAAUCAGCCAAGAAACAACAGCAAAACAACCAUAACAAACCCUUAAAAAGGAUCAACAAAAAUAAUUCAUUUUUAAGA